ACAUCUUGUUCAACUCCUUGGCCUCUGCUUCGUCUCUACACCUCGUUUUCCAGACAUUUAAGCCCUCUCGCUGUCCGAAUCCCCUCACAUUUCUCUCGCCCCAAAGCAACCAAAGAGACCAACCAAACGGAAAGAGACGCCCGGCGAAAAAUUUUUUGCCCGGCGAAAAAAACGGAAAGAGACAACCAGACGAUCUGGACAGUACCCGGUUAACCCAACCCAAACCCCUCCCUCCUCCAUUGUUGACCCGUUAGCCGCACACAAAGUGCAUCAUCUUCUUCCUCUCUCUCUCUUUCUCUCUUUACUCGUCUUCCCGGUGAGGCGAGAUCCGAGGUCGUCGUCUUCUUCUCCAUGCGGAGGCGGCUGAGCUCGUAACACAUGCCACACAGUUGUCGUCAAUGAUUAAUGUUGCGCAUGAACUGAGUCACUGACCUUUCUUCCGGCGCCCGCGACGUUGGUGCAGAGCAGGAGAGGUGUCGUCGUCGUCUUCUCCGGGGAGCAUGUCGAAGGCGAUGCAGUGCUUCGGGUUCGCCGGCUGGGAGAGGGAUGAGCGGCGUGGCCGGUCGUCGGCGGUGGCCUCGGCGGCGGCGGCGACGACGCGUUCGCUGUCGGCGCGGUCCAACAGCAGCACGUCGACGGACCGCGACGCGCGGCGGUCGGGGUCGGAGUGCUCCCUGAACGUGUCGUCGGAGAUCAGCGCCGAGUCGUUCGGCCGGUACCGGCAGCUGUCGCUGCCGCAGCGCGCGAGCAACAACCUCCGCAUCUUCACCUUCCAGGAGCUCAAGAGCGCCACCCGCGGGUUCAGCCGCUCGCUGGUGCUCGGCGAGGGCGGCUUCGGCUGCGUCUACCGCGGCACCAUCCGCAGCGUCCUCGAGCCUCGCCGGAGCGUCGAGGUCGCCAUCAAGCAGCUCGGCCGCAAAGGCCUACAGGGGCAUAAGGAGUGGGUGACGGAGGUGAACGUUCUUGGGGUGGUGGAUCAUCCGAACCUGGUGAAGCUCAUCGGGUACUGCGCCGAGGACGACGAGAGGGGGAUGCAGCUGCUGCUCGUCUACGAGUUCAUGCCCAACGGGAGCCUGGCAGAUCACCUGUCGUCGAGGUCGCCGAGGCCGGCGUCGUGGGCGAUGCGGCUCAGGGUGGCGCUCGACACCGCGCGCGGCUUGAAGUAUCUCCAUGAAGAAUCUGAAAUCAAGAUAAUAUUUCGUGAUCUGAAGCCUUCCAACAUUCUGAUCGACGAGAACUGGAACGCGAAGCUGUCAGACUUCGGAUUGGCUAGACUGGUAUCUCAGGAUGGCAGCCAUGUCUCCACUGCGGUGGUGGGAACUAUUGGGUAUGCAGCUCCAGAGUACAUCCACACAGGGCGCCUCAGCAGCAAGAACGACAUAUGGAGCUACGGCGUGGUGCUCUACGAACUCCUUACCGGUCGGCGACCUCUGGACAGGAACAGGCCGAGAGGCGAACAGAACCUCAUAGAGUGGGUGAAGCCCUACUCCACUGACUCAAAGAAGCUUGAAAUCAUAAUGGAUCCAAGGCUUGAAGGGAGUUACAGCUUGAAGUCGGCGGCCAAGCUCGCCUCGGUGGCAAACAAGUGCCUCGUGCGCCACGCCAGGCACCGGCCAAAGAUGAGCGAGGUGCUGGAGAUGGUGCAGAAGAUCGUCGAUAGCACUGACCUCGGAACGCCGGAGCAUCCCCUCAUCAGCAAGUCAAGAGAGCUGACGCGUGAUGAGAAGAAACGAAAAGGGCUUGACCUGAAGAGAAGAUUUGCUGAUAUUAAAGCUGGAGGGGAUCAGAGAUGGUUUACAUGGCAGAGAUGGAGACCCAAACUUGUCAGAACACAAUGACAUGGCAUAAAGAUAUUCCUGCAUGGCUCAACCUUUCUUAGCUAGUAGAGAAAACAACAAGGAUUUACUAAAUAAUGGGUAGGUCUGAAUGUUGUGGAUCACACACAGGUGAUCUUCUCUAUACGGUUGGAGGCUCCAUGUUUUUUACCAGAGCUAGAAAAAUCAAAGCUCAAGUAGUCCUUUUUGGAGUAGAAAUAUCACUGUACAGUUUAACUUUGUUUUGCUGAAUGACUCUGAGCUGUAUUUAUACAGCAAAUAAGAAUUUUCAGGCAAUGGCUGAAGCUCAUUAGUUCCA